CCGGCACUACCGGCUACUCAGCUCAAGGUGCUGAUUUUAUGAUGUAAUCAAAACAAAUAUUUUGUUUCUUCUAAUGUGUUUCCAAAACAUUUUAAAAUUGAUAUUGAAAAGAUACUUCAGGAUAACAAUUCAAUCGUAAUGGCCAUCAGCAGCGUUGUUUUGAGUCGAUCAUUCUUUGUUCGUCAUGGCAGAAGAUUUUUGUGUUCGGCAGCUAGCAAGGCUGCUGCUAUAACAUUGGAAGGGGCCGAUGAGUGCCUUGAAAGUCCAAAAUUUGAUGCUAAAUAUCGCAGAAAAAAGGUUGCACUUCUGAUGGGGUACAGCGGAGAAGGUUUCCAUGGGAUGCAACGGAACAUGGAUAUGCGCACCAUCGAAGGAGAAUUCUUCAAAGCCCUUCAUAAGGCUGACCUGGCUCGAGAGGAAGAGUGCAACGAGCCUUGGAAAAUUAAGUUCCAGCGGGCAUCUCGGACGGACAAAAAUGUGUCUGCGGCCAAACAAGUUGUCUCGCUCUCUCUUUGCACUGAUCCCGGAGAAGUUUUAGCACAGCUGAACACUCACCUACCUCCAGAGAUUCGUAUUUUUGGACUCCGUAGAGCAACCAACACUUUUGAUUCCCAAAAAAAUUGUGAUGCCCGUACUUACAGCUACACAUUUCCCUCUUUUGCCCUGAGUCCUGUUGGUUGCGAGGACGAAUCAUUUCGAGUAACGCCAGAAAUGCUCGACAAAUUUUCCAAAACUCUAAAACUCUAUAAAGGGUUUCAUAACUUCCACAACUUUACUUGUGAUAAACACUUUGUAGACCCGAGCAGCAAUAGGUUCAUAAUAUCAUUUGAGUGUUUUGAACCUUUUGGGGCAGACGGAAUGGAAUUUAUUGAAUGCCAGGUCAAAGGAAAUAGUUUCAUGAUGCAUCAAAUUAGAAGAAUGGUUGCUGUCGCCAUAUCUGUAGUCAAAGGAAUGGUUGAACCAGAAAUAAUCAACAAAGCUUAUACUGAAUUGAGGUUAAAUCUACCGAUGGCUCCAGGGCUGGGCUUAAUUUUGCAGGAGGUCCAUUAUGAUAAAUAUAACAAGACGGUAAAAAAGUUGGGCUUUCAUGAACCCCUAACUUGGGAAGCUGAGGAAGAAGCUGUGGCAAAGUUCAAAAAGGAUUUUAUUUUGCCAACCAUAAUAGACGGAGAGAAGAAUGGAAAAUCAAUGUUGAACUGGAUUACGACGUUGGCGAUGCACACUUUUGAAGAGAAAGUUAACUUCGAACCAGAAAAAAGUAAUCAAUCUUAAGUGACAUAAUGGAGUAUUAUAAAAGUUUGAACUUGCGAAAUUAAAAAAUUAAUUAUUUUUAAAAGGAA